GGGGUUCCUCUCAUGUUGAUGUGUUUGGWGCCCCACGGGGGAACCUCAGCCCCGUGGCCACAGCGGGAUCCAGCGGGGAGCCUAAUGAAACGUGCCUCCCUGUGGACGCACGGCUGUUGGUGGCCAACCUAUUCACUCAGGCUGCGAUGUGGAGGUCAGUCGCGCCUCAGAGCAACGUGCGGCGCACUCCUCCUACCGAAAAAUCCCRGUUUUUGCAGCCUUUGUCCUUCAGAGACGCUGAACGGGAUUUCGCAUUGCACUCCAGCGCCGCAUCCCGAGAGUCACGUCCCGUUGCGCGGACCCAUUUUCCGGGUGACAGGUGUCCCGGUGCAGCAACGUCCGGAAUACAACUACUGCUUUCAGCUGGACUGUUGCUUUACGGUUUCUCUGCAGCAAGCUCGGCUGGGAGCGGUGUCAUGCUCAACUAACUGUCAGUAUUGAGGAGGUUAAACUCCCAGUCAAAGGAGGUUCAUAGCCACAGACAUAUCACCCACCCUCCUCCUCUCUGCUGGAAAGAGUUGUCCGUCUGCCUGCAGUYGUCUAAAGCACCAUUGAAGACAGACAGCAAGCGUAGGGGGYUCUCCCUGSRAGAGWGUGUGUGUGCGUGUGUGUGUGUGUUGGUGGCUUKAUAGUUCAACACCCCCAGCCCUUCUCUUUUUGUGUGUGUUUGUGUUCGUGCGGUGAUGUGUGGCCUAAGAGAAGCACUUUAAGUCAGCAAAACGGGAUCCAGCCCAUGAGUCUGUCAGUGCGCUGAGCCGUUGACCAGGCUAUGAAGGAGAGCUGCUCCAAACUAGGCUGAGUUGAGCAAGAGCAGGACGAUCUGUGCGAGGAGCAGUCAGCCAUGGGACUCGGACAGUCCAGCAAGACCCCKGUCACUGACGACACGGAUGAGGUCAAUUUUGACCAUUUCCAAAUCUUGAGGGCUAUCGGAAAAGGGAGUUUUGGAAAGGUUUGCAUCGUGCAGAAGAAGGACACCAAGAAGAUGUACGCCAUGAAGUACAUGAACAAGCUGAAAUGUGUGGAACGCAACGAAGUGAGAAAUGUCCUGAAAGAGCUGCAGAUCAUGCAGAACCUCGAGCAUCCCUUCCUGGUCAACUUCUGGUGUGUCGGCAGCUCCAGUGACAGUUCCGCAUCAUAUGGCCAGUUGGAGCUAAAACCCAUUUUGAUGUUAACACAUUCUAAUCUCACGGCACUUUGUGUUUUCCAUUUCAGAGACAUCAAACCUGACAACAUACUUCUGGAUGAGCACGGCCAUGUCCAUCUGACGGACUUCAACAUUGCAGCCAUUGUAAAAGAAGACCUGAAGGCAACAUCAAUCGCUGGAACCAAACCAUACAUGGCUCCUGAGCUGUUCCAGAGCUUCGAAGGAUCCCACCCUGGAUACUCCUUCUCUGUUGACUGGUGGUCUCUGGGGAUUGCAGCCUAUGAACUACUGAGAGGACAGAGACCAUAUGUGAUGAGAUCCAACACACCAUCUAAUGAGAUUCUACAAAUGUUCCACAAAGUCCAUCCAACUUACCCAACAGCCUGGUCUCUGGAAAUGAAGUCUCUACUCAGAAAGUUGCUGUGCAUAGAUGUCCAGAAGCGCAUCUCGUGUCUCGCAGAGCUCCAAGAUCUGGAUUACAUGUCUGACGUCAACUGGGAUGCAGUUCUCAACAAACAGCUUCCUCCAGGCUUUAUUCCUAAUAGACGGAGACUAAACUGUGACCCCACCUUUGAGCUGGAGGAAAUGAUCCUGGAGUCCAAACCACUUCAUAAGAAGAAGAAAAGACUGGCCAGAAAGACCAGGGAACAGGGAUCCGACGGAUCCCCGCAGAACGGACAGCUGCAGCAGCGUUUGGACAACGUCCAGAGGGACUUCAUUGUCUUCAACAGAGAAAAGUCAAGGAAAGUCGUAGUGGAUUCUUCUGAACUAUCCACAAGCGAGAAGAACAAGGCAAUAGAGGACGGACAGAACAACAACGUUGAACCAGCUGCCUAUUUAUCAGGAUAGGCUUCCUGCUCCCACCUCAUCACUUGCACUUGCCUCCAGCUUGCAGUUCAGCAACUUACAAGCAAAACCUGUCGUACUGUCAGCACAUGCACUCCCACCUGGUCCUCUAUGUUCCUGCACUCCUUCAUAGUCUGUAAAAUCUCAAGAACAGCACUGUGCACACUUGUUUCACGCCAUUAGACCUAAAAAGCAGCUAKGCGUYAAAAGAUGGUGUCCCUGGGAGGCAGCCAUGUCAGAGACUGACUGACGGACUGCUUUGCUGUCACCGAACGGAUGGRCUCCCAGCAGAGUCUCGUAUCAUUUUCCCUUCCGUCACCCUGGUGCUCUUACGUCUGCUCAGCCUCGGUUCUGAGCAGAGUGCUGUAGCAAGAAGCCAGAUCAUUUCCAAAACCAAGACAACAGAGCACCUCCACCUGAAUGUACUGACACUGGUUUUAUUAUGAGAGGUUUUCUAGGUAACUAUGGUCAUUUAAUUAUAAUAUUGCAGUUGGUAGUGCAACAUAAUAGAGCUGUAAUUUCACAGAAGGUAAAUUUUUAUGGAAGGAAGACGUUUCUUUCUGAAAAUGUACCUAAACUUACCAGGUACUUUCCAUAAUGAAGUGGGUUUUUUUUUUUCUGUAGCCUUUUUUGGUACCUUCCAUGAAGAUUUUACAGAACUUAUCAGACACUUUCUGGAACAUACCAGUUGAUUUCCUGAAACUCAAAGCUGUAUUUGGAACCUUUCGGGUAUUCUAGUGAGUUCUGAAUGGUAAAGUUUAGGAAAGUAUCCUCUAAAUUAAAGUAGCUGGUAAGUUCAGGAGAAAAACCUGUAAUUUCCAGAUACUAUCUGAUGCAGCACAUUGAGAAAGUAUUCACCCCUCUUGGCAUUUCUUGUGUUUUCUAGCUCACAACCUGGAAAAGGGGAUUAUUUUAGGAUUUGCUUCAUUUCAUUUAAAGAACAUGCAACUUUCAACAUUUAAUUGUCUUUUUAUUGUGAAACAAACACAUUACAUCUGCAAGUCACACUGGAUAAAUCUCUAAGAGCUCGCCUCGUCUUGAUCUGGGAUUGUUGCCCAUUCCUUAACAUAAACCUUCUCCAGCUCCAGAUGGUUUCCGGUGGUGAACAGCAAUCUUUAAGUCUGACUACUGAUUGCCAAUUGAAUUGAGCUUUGGCCUUUGAUUAGAUCUUGCCAAUACAUUUAAAAUUCCCAUUAAACCACUUGAGUGGUGCUUCAGCAGUAUGCUUUGGGUCAUUGUCUUUUGAAAGGUGAACCUCCGUCCCAGUCUCACAUCCCUGACAGACUGAAGCAGGUUUUACUUCAGAAUAUUCCUGUGUUUAGCUCCAUUCAUCUUCCUCUCUGUCUGUUCUUGCGGUGCUGAGAUGAGUUGAUUAUGAGCCGGACAUAAUGGUUUCCUUGGUGACUGAAAAGUGAAGUUUUAUUUCUUCCAUAAAGUCCGGCUCUAUGAAGUUGGUCAUAUGAACAGAUACUCCAGUCUCUGCUUAACACAAAAAAUAUCAAGAUUGGUGAAUAGUUUUACUGCAGGUUCAGGAAAGAACAUGGUAUUUCUUGCAAUGUAACCUAGAGGUCAUGGAAAACUAUCUAACCCUAACCCUAUGAGUAAUCUAGGUACUUGUCAGACAGUUUUCCAGAAAGUGCCAGAUAUGUUCUGGAAAGAGUCUGGUAAGUUUUGGAAGGUGACAUCCAAGUCCCAGGAUAGUAACGUGUUAGUUCUAGGAAAUAUUCAGUUCGGUGGAAUAAUCUCUGCAUUCCAGAGAAUAACCUGAAAGGUCUGCAAAAGCAUGAGCUGUGUCAUGUAGCGCCGCCAACUUUAAAGUGAUUCUUCAUCCUGUGUAUGAAAGCCUAAGGAGCUGAGCCUGAAACAUUUAAUAAUAAUAAACCAUUGCUUAGAAAAUGUUUCCUCUAUGAUCCAUAUAACUUUGGAUACAAGCAUGACAGAAGUAGCAUUAUUAAACUGCUAGUCUUAUUAGACAAAACCAAACUUUGAUUUUAUCGAUGUAAGAAUGAUUCGAACUGAACUAGAGGCUUGAAAAUGAAUGGCUUGCUUUUUCAGGGCAAUAUUUAAAUAAAUUAGUGAUCCUGAUGCUUAGCUUGGCUAAUUAAGCUAACAGUGAUGAUAGGUUUUCAACAUUUAGUGUCAUGCAGCAUUUCAGACUGUCAGAGAAAAAAGUAAAAUUUUCGUGAUUUACUCACAGUUGAGGUUUUUAUUUGUUUGUGGAAUCAAACAAGAAGAUAAAACAUCAUUUAAUCUUGAGGGAAACUAGGAAACUAAAUGUUACCAUAAUUGAUCACCCUUGACCAAAAGAAUUUAAAAAAUGGCCUACUAGGGAAGCAAAGAGAAAACAAUUACUGUUUACUCUUUUUGCACAUGUUUUCAUUAUUGGUAGCAUUUAUGCAACUAAUGCUGUGAAUGAAUAAAUCUUAGGGAUGGACAGAUGAAUUUUAUCAGUUAGCAUCUGCACUGUCUGUCAGAUGUGUGUUGAUCCAUUUCCUCUUUUGAGUUGAUUUUAAUCAGUUAUGUAUCAUUUGAAAUGCUCAGUCAGUUUGUCUCUGCAAACUGUUUAUACGAUAUUCAGAUCCAGGAUUCUGCGCCUGGCUCACAUGUGAGGCAACAAAACAUUGUUUAAUUAUUAGAAUAAACAUUUCUCAUCAGCUCAUCCCCUCAAAAUAUUUGCCUGCUUGCACAAAGAGGGAUGCCUUAUAGAUAUCACACUAAGCUAACUCCUGUAUGUAAAAGUGAUGAAAUCCCCACCUUCUUUAAAGCUACUAAAUAAAAAUAUACAUUUUAGCGACGACUCGUUGCUCCACUGACUCGGCUGUUAUCUAGCUGUAACGUGAGUCGGUCCUUUCAAUCUUCUUCAUUAUUCUUUAUCAACUUUAAAAUAUAUUUAGUUAUUUAAAUUCAUUAGAAAUGGCACUUUUCUAUUUAAGAUUGGUACAAUGUUUUGACUUACCUUUGUGUUCUUCUUGUUCUUGUUUAGAUAACUUUAUAGAUCUAAAGAUGGUACCUUGUGUGAGUUGUAGGAAGAACUUGGGAUAGCUAAAGGAUUAGUCUGAGCUUGUUUUACUGUGUAAAUAAUAUUUGUGGAAUAAUUAUUCAAACUUGUAAAUUUAAAGUAGCAUUUGACCACUAAAAAUGGGGAUUGAAUGAGUGAUAAUCAACCAAAAUGACAUUGACAUUAGAAUAACAUUUACAAAUAGUAUUUAUGCCUGGUAAAUCAAAUUAAAAGGGAGGAUUCUUUAUCCUAAGCAUAAUUCUAGUCUAUUAUUUGAUAAGAGAAUUGUACAACUGUGAAAUUUACCCUUGUUCUGUUGUCCUUCAGUUGUCACUGUGUAUUUACUGUGAGCAAUUGUGAUGAAGUUUAAACUUUUAAUGUGUGCCUUAAAUAAUAUAUUUCUUUUUUGGAAACAAUACRCCUAUGUUGUUUGCUUUGUUCUAGUGUAUUGAAUUAUUUCAUUAUGUGUUUCAUCAAAGUGCAGGCUGCCCUCUAGUGUCGUUUGACUGGUGUUACAACAAAUGGCUCAAAUGUGAGGGGUCUUGGUAUGACUGCUGAGAAUAUUUCACAAAAAGACAACAUUUUAAAUGAAUAGUUCAGUAAAAAGUGCAUUUACUAACACGAGGCACCAAAAAGACUUCCUCUUUAGCUGCAGUUGACAAGCUUUAUGAGCUGUUCUCUCCCUCUUACACUCAUCCACUGUUUACGAUUUGAGCUAACUGCUCCCUGAGGUCAUCUGGAGGGUACAGCCCAUUCCUUCCUCCACUGCAGACUUCGCUGAGGCAGCACUUUCCACAAUAUUGGCUCAACUAAAGAGGGGAUUUUCGGUUGAUAAAUGCUUCCACUUCUGUCUGGCACUGCAGCAGAUAAGCAGGCCACCUCAGCAUAUAAAUUAGGCUUUAAGAUGUUUAAAGUAAAAUACGAGAUAAAAAUUUUGAAAAGAAAUGUAUUCUGAGAUUCGCUGCCAUAUUCCUGUUUAAAAAAUGGUUGCUACAUUGUCUUAGACACAAAAUUUGGUGUUUUCAUCCAUUUUCCAUUCAUGAUCUUAACUUGAAACCGGAAGUUUACAUACAUUAAUUAAAAAAAA